AUAUACUCACACACACAAGUUAAGCAUUGAUAUUUGUCUGAACGAAAGAUGAGUCCGGUGGCUUCAACAAGGUGGUGUCCGACGCCGGAGCAACUGAUGAUCUUGGAAGAGAUGUACCGGAGCGGUAUACGGACUCCUAAUGCGGUGCAGAUUCAGCAGAUCACAGCUCACUUAGCUUUCUAUGGACGAAUCGAGGGCAAAAACGUCUUUUACUGGUUCCAGAACCAUAAGGCGAGAGAUAGACAGAAGCUGAGGAAGAAACUAGCCAAGCAACUUCACCAACAACAACAUCAACUCCAACUCCAACUUCAACAAAUCAAACCAAAACCAAUAUCGAUGAUGUCUCAACCAAUAAAUAACAUCACUGAUCAUCAUAAUCCUUACCAUCAUCAUCAUAAUCAUCAUCAUCAUCAUCUGCCAUAUGAUCAUAUGUCUUUCAAUUGCUGCUCUCAGCCCUCUCCCAUUUGUCUUUCUCAUCAGGGAGUUGGAGGAGGAGAAGCUCAAAGCAAAGUGGUAAAUGAAUAUUAUUGCACCAAAAGUGGACCUGAAGAGAUGUUGAUGCAAAAACCAAUCACGGGUCCAAACUCAUCAUACGGUGGAGAUUGGAUGAUGAUGAUGGAUAUGGGCCCACGACCAUCAUAUCCCUCAUCAUCAUCACCCACACCAUGUUGCAACAUGAUGAUGAUGAACAGUCCAAAGAUACCACUAAAAACCCUUGAACUCUUCCCAAUCUCAUCCAUCAACUCCAAACAAGACAGUACCAAACUUUAAAGAAAAGACAACAUUAACAAAAGAGAUUCUGCAGGUGUUUCAUUCAUGUAUCAUGUAUGAUAUGUCAAAGGCUAAGACAAAGACACGUGUACUUGGGGGGUAAAGUAAUAGCCGUUGGAUAAAGUUAGUUGAAUAACUACACCUCUCUUUCUUCUUUCUUAUGUCUCUAUCUCAGCAGUAGAACUAAUGGGUAGUUUCCUUUUUAUAAAGAUUUCUUUCUAUAAGAUGUUUAAUGGGUUGGGAGUUAUUAUGAGUUGUAAAAUUGGGUGUCUUGGUUUCUGUAAUUGCAUGCAUGUGUAGGCUAUUGUCUUUAGGACUAGACAGUGAGAAAGAUCUCCUUUGUC